UUCUAAUAGCAAGCAGUAUAGGCAUGAGCAAUUAAUCAGAGGAUGACGGAUUAAAUGCACUCUUACGGUACAAGUACAUCUGAUAGCCAUAUAUGGUUAAAUGGAACAAGGACCACGUUUUUCAUUCAUCUAGAUUGCAAAUUUUUUUUUAUCUGGUUGACAAAACUACGUCACGAAGUAAUAUCACUUAUAUGAGAGAUUACCUCAUAGAUUGCUUUAGUUCUCCACAACACAAACAUUUGCUCCAGUUCUACAAAACAGAUGAAAUAGCAAUGGCUCUUAAUACGCUCUACGACAAAAGAAACAAGAAAAAUUUUACAGAAGUAGUGUUUCGCGGCGUACCCUAUGCGGAUUUUGAUCCAUCAGGCCAUUGGAGCACCUGGUCCUUGAUAAGAAUGUUUGAAGGUUCUUUAAUUCUUUCCGCAUCUAUGUCACCUGUUCUUGUGAAGACAACUACAUCUCAUGAAGAGGAUUACAUCCUAUUGCGUCAGCACUGCAAAGUCAGUCCACGAUACUACCAAGACAUUACCAUUUACUCGGACUUCAACCCAAAGAUACUUUUUAGAUGUCAAGAGGUUGGACGGACAUCCCUCAGCACGAAAUUAAAAUUAUACAAUCUGAGCUCAGAGCAUGUCUACGCAACAAAUUUGAGGAAAUUGGUCAACUUCAACUCUAGAACAAAGAAACCUGUACCAAACAAUCCAUAUUAUCUUGAACAAGCGGAAAGAAUUAAUGACACAAAACCGAAGCACGCAUGGCUCCCGUUUCCAGAUAAAGUUCCGUCGAGAGUAUUCAGCAUGCAAAUGUCUCCACUUUUCAGUGACACAGACUUUAUGAAUCACGUUAAUAACUCUUCGUACGUACGAUUUUGCUUAGACUGUUUCGCAUACGCUGCAAAGUCAAAUUUCUAUAGCCAUUUUGAGGCAGACUGUUGCUACCCGGUGCUUGAAAUUGACAUUCAGUAUUUGGAUGAAAGUUAUGCCAACGACACACUGCAAAUUACAACAUGGCAAAGCGAAACUGACAUUGGUGACCUGUUCUUUAUAAUAAGUCGUGAGCACAAAGUGAUAGUCAAAACUUUUCUUCGAUUUGGAGUCACGAAACUGGACAAAACUAGCUUUAUAUAUUCAAAAAUGUAGUGAAAGAGAGGAAAUUUGGUGCACUCGAAUUCUUCUUUGUAAGAACUAUCUACGUGUAUAUGCUCGUGCUUUGAAAAAAUAGCAAUAUUUAUCAUGUACUCAAUACAAUCAAAGAGUAUAUAUAGUAUUUAUUAUUCUCGUCGAUAAGAAGCGUCGUGUUUAGUUAAACUGAAAUUUCUUGGCCUCGACAUGAUAAUAUUGCUCUUACAUGUAACAUCGAAAUUAAAAAUAUAUUAAGUUCA